AUGGCUGCCAUUUCAAUCUUCUUCUAUUUCCUCCUUUUCUCCUUCGCCGAAGCAACCACCAAUCGCGGUGGCGGCAAUGGCUUCACCACCUCUCUAUUCCACCGUGAUUCUCUUCUCUCUCCUCUCCACAACUCAUCUCUCUCCUGCCACGAUCGUCGUACCAAUGCCUUUCGUCGCUCCUUCUCCCGCUCCGCCACCCUCCUCAGUCACGUCAACGCCGUGUCCACCGCCUGCAUCCAUUCUCCGAUCAUCCCCAACAGCGGCGAGUUCCUAAUGUCUGUCUCCAUCGGAACCCCACCGGUGGAUUUCAUAGCUAUCGCCGACACAGGCAGCGACUUGACGUGGACUCAAUGCUUACCAUGUCAGAAAUGCUUCAACCAAUCACAUCCCAUGUUUAAUCCACGUCGAUCAUCUUCCUACCGCAAUGUGUCUUGCACGUCGGAUACCUGCCGCUCCCUCGACAGUUACCAUUGUGGGACCGACCUCCAAACCUGUAGCUACGGCUACAGCUAUGGAGACCGAUCCUUUACGUAUGGUGACCUAGCAUCUGAUAAAAUUACCAUCGAAUCCUUCAAACUCCCCAAGACAGUCAUUGGAUGCGGCCACCAAAAUGGUGGCACUUUCGGCGGAGUUACCUCGGGGAUUAUCGGACUUGGCGGUGGCGCUCUCUCAUUGGUGUCGCAAAUGAAUACAAUCGCCGCCAUCAAACGGCAAUUCUCAUAUUGCUUGCCAACUUUCUUUAGCGACGAAAAUAUCACAGGUAAAAUAAGCUUUGGUCAAAACGCCGUCGUUUCGGGGCCUAAAGUCAUCUCUACCCCUCUCGUAUCGAGAUCUCCCGAUACCUUUUAUUUCUUGACUCUUGAAGCAAUCUCUGUUGCAAACAAGCGGCUUAAGGCCGCUGACGAUACGUCGGCCUUGACCCGACGAGGGAAUAUCAUUAUUGAUUCCGGUACGACAUUGACGUUUUUGCCUCGAAAUUUGUAUGAAGACCUUGUUUCGACUUUGGUGAGUGUUAUUAAAGCAAAGCGAGUGGAUGAUCCCUCUGGGAUUUUGGAACUCUGUUACGCUGCAGGCGGCGGUGACGAUUUGCAUAUUCCGGUAAUUAUAGCACAUUUUGCCGGUGGCGCCGACGUGAAGUUGCUGCCUUUGAAUACAUUUGCACUGGUGGCUGAGAAUGUGACUUGUUUGACUUUGGCACCGGCAUCGGAUUUGGCCAUUUUUGGGAACUUGGCGCAGAUUAACUUUAUAGUUGGAUAUGAUCUUGAAAAUAAGAGAUUGUCGUUUAAACCUACUGUUUGUGAUUAG